CUGAACCGCGGAAUUUCGAGGCGAACGAGGAGAGAAGCUCGCGAGGCCACGAGGCUAGAGAGCAACGAAGAAGCGGCGCGAAAAUCGGUUGAAGAGAGGAGGACGAAGCGCGGCAAGGAGGAAGGAGGCGAAUAGAGAGGAAGCGAGAGGGUGAAUUCGCGGAGGAGGACGAGGAGCCGCGGAGCCGAGUGCGAAGCAAGAGGGAAGGAUAUCGAGGGAGAGGAAGAAGAAGAGAGCGAGCGAGCGAGAGAGAGAGAAAGGGGGCGCAAACGGUCGGUAGUGGUGGCAGCGAAGGAGAAAGAGAGCGGGAGAGAGAAGGCAGGUAUAGCGAAAAGGGACGGAGAAGGCGUGUGUAGGUGGUGGUGGAAGUGCGAGAGAACGUAGUCGAGCGACCGUCCCGCUGUGGCCACGAGCUCCGACGCUCGGGGAACGUAGGUAGUGCGUGAACUUCCGGCCGAGUGAAACGGACAAGAGAGAAAGGGGAAAGGAGCAGAGAGAAGGGCCAUUCGAUUCCCUUGGAAAGUUCGUUCGGAAUCCUCCCUUUGGCUCGGUUGGACUUUGGGAUCGCGCGCAUCGCUGAUGAUCCGCGACGACGGGCCUUGAAAAGCGCUCGCGGCGCGCCGACGAGGACGAGGACGAGAGACGAGAGGGCGCGAGCACGAAAUACAGAGAGCGUACUUUGUUUCGUAAGUUGGGAAACGCGGGGGAGCAGGAGCAGGCGGAAGGAUCGGGAUCGGGAUCGAGAUCGAGAUCGGGAUAGGAAUAGGGAUAGGGAUCGGGAUAGGGAUCGGGAUAGGGAUAGGGAUCGGGUUAGGGAUCGGAGGAAGGAGGACACGGAGACGACGCGGACGCGGACGUGAACGUGAACGUGAACGUGAACGUCGACCCGGAGGUGGACGCGUGGACGCGAAGCAGCGUGAAUCGGAUCGAAUACGGUGGAAAGAAGAGAGCGGGCGAGUGAUUACGCGACGAGGAGAGGGAGAGAAAGUGUGCGAGUGUCGGUGAAGGGGUUUUCGUGGUCGCCGCUCGGUCGCCCUCGGGGACGCUGAGGGACGCGAGUGCGUUUGUUAUGCGUACCAGAACGUGGUACAGUGGCGGUUGACGGCGGCGGUGACGAAGACGAGGACGAGAACGAGAACGAGGACGAGGACGAGGACGAGAAUCGACAGGCGAGGAGAAAGUACGAGGAGAAGGAGGAGGAGGAGGAGAAGGAGGAGGACGACAACGACGACGACGACGACGACGACCACGUCGACGAGGAGGAGGAAGAACAGGAACGGCAGGAUCGGAAGCAGCGACCGCUUCCAAGGAGGACGUGGACGCGAACGAGGAGGCGGAGGAGGAGCUGGAGGAGGAGGAGGAAGUGGCGGUGGAAGAGGAACAGGUGCGAGUGCGAGUACGAGUGCAAGCGCGGGUGCGGGUGUGGGUGCGAGUUCGGGAUCGGGACCGGGAUCGAGAUCGGGAUCGAGAACGGAAGCAGGAGCCGAGGAGAGAAAGGAAUCGACCUCGUUGCGAGACCGAUCGAGAGUGCGUUCUUGUGUGUUGUCGCACGGGAGGAGGGGAGGGAGACUCGAAAGGGAGGAAAGGCGACGACAUCGGCGACGAGGAGGAAGAAGGAGAGGAAGAGAGGUGCUGGAGGAAGACGAGGAAGAAGAAAAGGAAGGUAGUGGUUGGUUUCGCUUGUCUCGUCGUCGAGAUCCACGGAGUUUAGAGCUUAGGAGAGAGGAAGAGGCACAUCCCCCCUUCUCUUCUCUCUCUCCCUCUCUCCAGUUUGUCUGAGUCUCUGCGAGCGAUCGUAUUUGCGCGAACGAGCGGUCAACAGGAAGAAGAAACGAUCGGAACGACGCGCGUACGUCGACGGUUCGACCACCGACCAUACGACCGAACGAAGAAACGAAGAAACGAAAAAGGAUAUCGAAGAGAAAAAGUGACGAAACCUUUCGUCGAGUGUAGUGUGGUUUCUUAAAGUGGUGCCUCAGCACGAAGAGGGAAUCGCCAGCAGGGCAGAGGCUCGAACGCAUGUAGGAACAUGGCCGCAACCAGCCCCUGCCUCCCUCUAGAGGUUGGCAGCGCAAGAGGCGGCACAAAGGGACCCUGGAUACGCGAGUCAGUACAGGAGAAGGCCGAGGUUGGCCGGACUGAGUGGUCUCGGUGACUGGACUAGCUUUGGAGGGGAGGUACCUGGUCUGGUGGACAUGGCGCCAGGCCGGGAUCAGGGCGGAGGGGCGGGUGGCGGUGGGGCAGGUGGCAAGGGCACUACGUCGUUGUUCAUCCUGUCGGAGGAUAACUGCAUCAGGAAGCAUACUCGCUUCAUAAUCGAAUGGCCGCCCUUCGAGUACGCCGUCCUGCUCACCAUCAUCGCCAAUUGCGUAGUCCUCGCCCUCGAGGAGCACCUGCCGAAGCAGGACAAAACCAUACUCGCGCAGAAGCUCGAGGCCACGGAAAUCUACUUCCUCGGGAUCUUCUGCGUCGAGGCGAGCCUCAAGAUCCUCGCCCUUGGCUUCGUCCUCCACCGUGGCUCCUAUCUGCGCAACAUCUGGAACAUCAUGGAUUUCUUCGUCGUGGUGACCGGGUUCAUCACGGCGUUCUCGCAAGGCAUAGAACUGGAUAUGGAUCUGCGCACGUUGCGUGCGAUACGCGUGUUGCGACCGCUCAAACUUGUCUCCGGCAUACCGAGUCUCCAGGUGGUGCUCAAGUCUAUUAUCAAGGCAAUGGCGCCGCUUCUGCAGAUCGGUCUGCUGGUGCUCUUCGCCAUCGUGAUAUUCGCCAUCAUCGGGCUCGAAUUCUAUUCGGGAACCCUGCAUAAAACGUGUUACAGCAUCAGGGAUAUCAAUGUAAUCGUGAAGGAGGGCGAACAGGCGAGCCCGUGUAACACGGACAACAAAUCCGAGGCGCCAUUCGGGGCCCACGUGUGCGACGCGAACAUCUCGACGUGCAUGGAUCACUGGGAGGGACCAAACUUCGGCAUCACCAGCUUCGACAACAUCGGAUUCGCCAUGCUCACUGUCUUCCAGUGCAUCACUAUGGAGGGCUGGACUGCCAUAUUGUACUGGACAAACGACGCUCUUGGCAGCACGUACAACUGGAUUUACUUUAUACCAUUGAUCGUCCUUGGCUCAUUCUUCAUGCUGAACUUAGUUCUCGGUGUCCUGAGCGGAGAGUUUGCGAAGGAGAGGGAAAAGGUGGAGAACAGGCAGUCCUUCCUGAAAUUGCGAAGACAGCAGCAGCUCGAGCAUGAACUGUACUGUUACCUGAAUUGGAUCUGCAAAGCAGAGGAGGUAAUACUCGCGGAAGAAAGGACCACGGAAGAGGAGAAGAAGCACAUAUUAGAAGGAAGAAAAAGAGCCGAGGCGAAAAAGAAAAAGCUUGGCAAGAGCAAAAGCACGGACACGGAGGAAGAGGAAGGUGACGACGACCAGGACGACGGGUUUUCGAGGGCUUCCUCGACGAAAGAAAAGGGACCUUGCAAGCAGUUUUGGCUGGCCGAGAGAAGAUUCAGGUACUGGAUACGAAAGUCUGUAAAAUCGCAAAAGUUCUACUGGUUCGUCAUCGUUCUUGUGUUCUUCAACACCGUCUGCGUAGCCGUGGAGCAUUACGGCCAGCCGCAAUGGCUGACCGAUUUCCUCUACUUCGCAGAGUUCGUGUUCCUGGCUCUGUUCAUGUUGGAGAUGUUCAUAAAGGUGUACGCGCUCGGUCCUCGCACAUACUUCGACUCGAGCUUCAAUCGUUUCGACUGCGUGGUCAUCUCAGGAUCGAUCUUCGAAGUGAUCUGGUCCGAGGUGAAGUCCGGCUCUUUCGGCCUCUCCGUCCUACGUGCCCUUAGACUCCUGCGAAUUUUUAAGGUCACCAAAUACUGGAAGAGCCUGAGAAACCUCGUAAUAUCGCUGCUCAGCUCGAUGCGUAGCAUCAUUUCCCUGCUCUUCCUGCUCUUCCUCUUCAUUCUCAUAUUCGCGCUGCUCGGUAUGCAGCUGUUUGGCGGCCAGUUCAACUUCGAUUACGGCACGCCGCCCACCAACUUCAACACCUUUCCCAUCGCGCUGCUCACUGUCUUCCAAAUCCUGACCGGAGAAGAUUGGAACGAAGUGAUGUACCAGGGUAUAGAGUCGCAAGGCGGUCACAAGAGGGGCAUGAUCUACUCGUUGUACUUCAUCGUGUUGGUGCUGUUCGGCAACUACACUCUGCUGAACGUAUUCUUGGCUAUCGCCGUCGACAAUCUGGCAAACGCACAGGAGCUGAGCGCCGCCGAGGACGAGGAGGAAGUAGAGGAUAAGCAGAAGCAGGCGCAGGAACUGGAGAAAGAGAUCCAAUCUCUGCAGAAUCCGAAAGACGGUGGCGCGCCCAAGGUAGAAAUCUGCCCUCCGAACCCCAACCAGAAUUUCAAAGACGGAAAAGGUGGUAAACAGUCGUCCGAAGAAGAGAAAAAGCAGGAUGAAGACGAUGACACGGGACCAAAACCAAUGCUGCCAUACUCCUCCAUGUUUAUACUGUCCCCUACGAAUCCCGUAAGAAGAGCCGCCCAUUGGGUCGUCAAUCUGAGGUACUUCGACUUCUUCAUAAUGGUGGUGAUAUCUCUGUCGAGUAUCGCGUUGGCCGCCGAAGAUCCCGUAAAGGAGAACUCGCCGAGGAACGAAAUUCUCAAUUACUUCGAUUACGCGUUCACCGGUGUCUUUACCGUCGAGAUGAUACUGAAGAUCAUCGAUCUAGGGAUUAUCCUUCACCCGGGCUCGUAUCUGCGCGAGUUCUGGAACAUUAUGGACGCGGUGGUUGUGAUAUGCGCCGCGGUUUCGUUCGCCUUCGACAUGACCGGUAGUUCGGCUGGACAAAAUCUCUCGACGAUCAAGUCGUUGAGAGUGCUCCGAGUACUUAGGCCGUUAAAGACGAUCAAGAGAGUGCCGAAGCUGAAGGCGGUGUUCGACUGCGUGGUGAACAGUCUUAAAAAUGUCAUCAACAUUCUCAUAGUGUAUAUAUUGUUCCAAUUCAUAUUCGCUGUGAUCGCGGUGCAGCUGUUCAACGGCAAGUUCUUCUACUGCAACGACGAGAGCAAAUAUACGGAACAGGAUUGCCAGGGUCAAUAUUUCGUUUUCGAAGAGGGCGCCCUAUUGCCCGAGCCGAGGAAACGAGAGUGGCAGUCGCAGUUUUUUCACUACGACAACGUGAUGGCCGCGAUGCUGACGUUGUUCGCGGUCCAAACUGGCGAGGGUUGGCCACAAAUCCUGCAGAAUUCGAUGGCGGCCACGUACGAGGACAAAGGCCCCAUUCAAAAUUUUCGUAUAGAGAUGUCCAUUUUCUACAUCGUCUACUUCAUCGUAUUUCCAUUCUUCUUCGUCAACAUCUUCGUGGCCUUGAUUAUCAUCACUUUCCAGGAGCAGGGAGAGGCUGAAUUGCAAGACGGCGAAAUCGACAAAAAUCAGAAAUCUUGCAUAGACUUCACGAUACAAGCUCGCCCCUUGGAGAGGUACAUGCCGAAAGAACGAAACAGCGUAAAGUACAAAAUCUGGAGAAUAGUGGUAUCGACGCCGUUCGAAUAUUUUAUCAUGGGUCUCAUCGUAUUAAACACAGUACUGCUCAUGAUGAAGUAUCACGAGGCGCCGCCAAAACUUGUGGACGCCUUGACCAUCGUGAACUUCGCCGUCACAUUCCUUUUCCUCAUUGAGUGCAUCCUCAAACUCGUCGCCUUCGGAUACAAGAAUUUCUUCAAGGAUGCCUGGAACAUGUUCGACUUCGUCACAGUGAUCGGCAGCAUCGUGGACGCCCUCGUGAUCGAGUUCGGGGAGAACUUUAUCAACGUCGGCUUCCUGAGACUGUUUCGCGCCGCCAGGCUGAUCAAACUACUCAGGCAGGGCUACACGAUACGAAUUUUACUCUGGACCUUUGUACAAUCCUUCAAAGCUCUGCCUUACGUUUGUCUUCUCAUAGCGAUGUUGUUUUUCAUCUACGCGAUCAUCGGUAUGCAGGUAUUCGGUAACAUCGCGCUGGAUGCUGAUAGUUCUAUUACCAAGCACAACAAUUUCCAAAGCUUCAUUCAAGGUCUGAUGUUGCUUUUUCGGUGUGCGACCGGCGAGGCAUGGCCAAAUAUCAUGCUGUCCUGCGUGAAAGGUCGUCCGUGCGACGCGAAAGCCGGAAAGCAAGAACCUGGUGGCUGUGGUUCGAACAUCGCGUACGCCUACUUCGUCUCGUUCAUCUUCUUCUGUUCGUUCCUAAUGCUGAAUCUCUUCGUUGCCGUCAUUAUGGACAAUUUCGAUUAUUUAACGAGAGACUCGUCGAUCCUGGGCGCUCAUCACUUGGACGAGUUCGUCCGGAUCUGGGCCGAAUACGAUCCAAACGCAACGGGAAAGAUCCAUUACACCGAGAUGUACGACAUGCUCAAGAACAUGGAUCCACCGUUGGGAUUUGGUAACAAAUGUCCAAACAGGCUUGCCUAUAAGAAGCUCAUCAGGAUGAACAUGCCGGUGGACGUCGACUUGAAGGUGAACUUCACUACCACUCUGUUCGCCUUGAUUCGCGAGAAUCUCAAUAUCAAAGUGAGAAGGGCUUCCGAAAGGAACCAAGCGAACGAAGAACUGAGAGACACGAUCAGAAGUAUUUGGCCUCUGCAGGCGAAAAAGAUGUUGGACCUUUUGAUACCUAGGAACGAAGAAUUAGGCAAAGAUAAGAUGACCGUUGGUAAGAUAUACGUCUGCCUUCUGAUACUCGAAAGUUGGAGGACGACCAGGUUUGGUCAGAUAGAAUCAACCGGACAGAACGAUAACGAUCUUAUCGAUAACGAUAAUGCCGGGCAAAGUCCUGCAGCCCAGGCGCAAUCGGCCUUAUUCAACUGCAUACUGGACGUGACGGCGGUAAAUCAUACCGGAAAUAAUCACGCAGCCGGAAGUAGGGCGAACAGCCUCGAACACGUGGUACGGCCGACACCGGAAACGAAGCUCGAUCAACGCAAGGAGCACAUGGAGGAAGACGACGAGCACAGUAGACGUCAACGUAGCAUCAGAAAUAAAAAGGUGAACUGGAAGAUGUCCCACCAGUACGAUAUACUAGGCAGCAGCGGAGAGAGUAGCCAGGGAGGGGGUGGGUCUGGGGUUGUACCCGUAGUUAUUGACGAGGAUCGCGCCCCCGAGCUAGAGCCAUUGCUGGCUGAGGUGCCCUCCCAGCAGGAUCAAAACUACUACUACCACCAUCACCAUCACGACCAAUACUACGAUACCGACAAUGAUCUAUACUAUGACCAUCACCACCACCACCACCACCAUCACCAUCACCAUCAUCAUCAUGCUCACCGACCACCCUCGUACUAUCAACACCAGAAUACCUACGCACCUCGCUCCUCGAUCCGUUAUCACAAGAUGGAGCUUCAGGACGUUGUAGUUAGCGACUCGCGUGCCGGUAGUCUCGAGAGUCUUACCCACGCCGGCAAAAGACUUCAUCCACCCGUGCAACCGGUUAGACAUCCAUCGCGUUCACCGAGUUUAAGGAGACACUCGCCAGGCCGACCUGCAUACGAUCAUCAUGGUCAUUAUUACCACGAAGGACCAGGGUUUAGCGACACGGUUAGCAACGUCGUCGAGAUUCAGAGACACACGCAUCAUCCCCAUCCGACACAGUACAAUCAUCGGCACAGGAUCCGAGACUAUUACGACCACUGCGACUAUUACGACGAUGGUCCGUGGAGCGCUUCGACCAGUCCAGCGAGGACACCGAGUCCCAUUCACCACAUCGAUCGAGGCCGGCAUUACGGGACGACAAGCUUGGAACAACGAUCGAGAAGUCCGAGUCCGAUCGGUGGUCGCCAGCCUGCUCAUUCCCACCAGCACUAUCAUCGGCAUCAUCCCCAUCAGCACAGUUAUCCGGUGUUAGUGACCAGACGGGGACAGGGUCGUCUACUGCCUCCAACGCCCAACAAACCGUCGACUCUGCAACUGAAACCGGCGAACAUCAAUUUCCCCAAGUUGAACGCUUCGCCGACUCACGGCUCGCACAUGCACGUGACGCUCCCGGCUGGCAUGCAGCAUCCGCCACCAGGACAGCAUUUGCCACCGAUGCAACCAAGCCACUGUCCGUUGAGCUUCGAGCAGGCGGUGGCAAUGGGCCGCGGCGGCCGUCUCUUGCCCAGUCCUGUACCAAACGGGUACAAACCUCAGCCGCAGGCUAAGCAAAGGACACCCAGAUCGAGACACUCUGACAGCGACGAAGACGACUGGUGCUAGCCAAAGUGGGACCCUGGACGGUGGUCCGGUGACGUGGACGCCCCCAGGCGUCUUAGGGUUUGCGCGUGAAUCUUCCACGUCGGGAGGCGCAUCGAUCUAACCGCGAACGCGGAAGCGAUGAAAAUCGAUCGAUUAGCUUCGAGCUUGGCAACUACGUCAGAGUUAAUGUCCGUUCAUCGAGUCGGACGAGGCAGGUGUACGCGAUCAGGGACAAGGAAACGAAGCUACGUGUUACAGCAACGUGGCUACUAGUACGACCGAGUGGAAGAGAAGGUACACCUUGAAAUACAACGAUCAGGUUGAUGGAAGGUUCGAAGGAAGACUCGACCGAACGGAUCGAAUCGUGUUUCUCGAACGGUUCAGAAACAGGACAGGCGAAGGAUUUCAAAGGAAAUGACGCGAUCGAAACGAAAGCAACAUCGGAUGAUCGUUACAGGGGUAACAAAAGCAACGUACGUAUAAUACUAAAACGAGCAGUCGUCACGGUGGUUGGUCACCAUCGAACGGACUAUGUGCCACGAAUACGAUGAUCGUCGGUUUAACGCGCAAAACGAUCAAAACUAAACGAAAAAUACAGAAAGAGAAGAAGGGAAAAAAUAUUCGCAAUCUCCGCCUGUCGUGCAGUAUUCUUACGAAGAAGUUGAAGCGUCGUCGGAGUUACGUUCGUGGGAACUUUCUGAAAUUUUCUUUCGUCUCGAACUUCGAAGCUUCCUUCGCUGUGCUUUUUAAUCGACGGACCGAGCCGAGGAGGAUCCACUUUUUAUACGAUGAAUUAUACGACGAGGGAAGCGCUCUUGUACGAUUGAGCGCGUUCGCUUCGGAUCCCUCUCCGCGCGAAUUUACCAAAUUCUUCACGGCUGUAUCGAACAGUUGCGCCCUACGCGACGCCCUCUCACCGACUUGGAUACAGCGAGUUUCCACGUGUCUCCCCAUAUUUGGAGGAACUGAUCGGCGACGCGAAGGCGCCUUUGCCAACGAAACAUCUCCUCUUCUUGAUUUUUCUAUAAGCUGCGCCCAACUCGAGCGACUUGUUAGGUUCUCGAUGCGAACCAACAGGCGGAAUCGAUCAACGGGAACGAAUUUCGUCUGACGAGUAGAGCGUUUUCGUACGUGCAAAAAAAUUAAACGAGAUAUAAUCGUAUAAGCGUAGGAAAAAAGGCACCGUUCGAUACGUUCGAUGCGAUAUAGACCACGAGGCACAAGUUCUUCUUCACGAGUCACUGUUUGCGCGCAGUUGGUUCGAUUUCGCUCAGAAUAUCUCUCGUCGCAGUAGCGUUCGAUUUACCGAACUAGUAGGCAAACAUCUCGAUCGAACCUAUCGAAAUUUCUUACAGGUCCGUUCUAUCGUUAAUCAAGCCGUGCAAAAGAAAGAAAGAAAGAAAGAAAGAAAGAAAAAAGAAAAGAAAAGAAAGAGGCGUAUCGGAAAAACGGAUGAGAAAUGCAACAAGAACCGUGGCUACGUACAUCCGAUAUCUCGUACGUUUGCGAAUUGGUAGCCGCGGUUCUUGCGCCGGUGCAACGUUCUCUCUUUAGUUUACUUUCGCGAAGAUUCACGACCAGCCGACAACGUUGCGUAAAAAACGAAGCACGAUCACCAUAUAAAAAUGUAUCGAACACGAGAAAAAAAAAAAGAUACCGUUGCUAAAUUAUGCAAAUAAUCGGUUGCCUCGCUGAUAGAGGGGUAGCUAUUUAAAAAAAAAGUAAAAAAAAAAAGGUACUCGAAGAUACACAUGCUAAACGAUACAUCGAACUAAAUACGUAGGAAUUUUUACUAAAUCGUCAAGAUCGUUUCGAUUCUCUUCCAUCGUAAGAAGCAUUCGUGGCUCGCGAGUGCUGGCUGCUUUGUCGCGAUCGCGAUCACCGAUCCUCCGUUGAGACGCUUAAACGAAAAAACACGCGGUGCGUACUGCGUUGAACGCAUAGACGAACGAACGAAGGACCGGCGAACGAGACUUUGCUCGCGAGAAGAAAACAAAAGGAAACGAACAACGUCGAAAUGAACGAUCGCGGUGUCGUUGUUCCGUAUUCUCGUAGCUCGUGCCAAUAAGAAAUCGACGGAAAGGAAAGGGGAAAAAGGACCAUUUAUCGCGAUCAAUCGUUGAAAAAAGAAACCAAGAAAGAAAAUGAAAAAAAUCUAGCGAAAUAACGGAGCGGUAGAGAGCGCCAUGUUCGCCUUCUUCUCAAAAAGGAACAAAUGCAGAGGCGACAACAUUCACGAGCAUAUGUAAAUUAUCGCAUAAUUUUGACUUUAAAAACGUUUACCAUCGCUGCUACUACCGUUACUGUCGCCAUCUACGAGAAAAGAAACUAUUCCACUACUAUUAUUACCGCGACUACUAUAACUACAGCUACUGCUGUAACUUACUAAUACUAUCACUAUUAUCGCUAUUACUAUUACUAUUACAAUUUAUUACCGCCGUCGAUAAUACCGCUACUGUUACUAUUUACCACUGCAAUUACUAUUACCAGUGUUAUUAAAUACUAUUACCACCACCAAACACCGCCGCCUCUACUAUCGCUGCUGCUGCUGCUUCUAUUACUAUCACUGCUACUACCACUACUGCUACUACUAAUAUUACUACUACUGCUACUACUAAUACUACUAUACUAUACUGCUAUUACUAUUACUACUACC